UGAAGACAGGUCGAUAAACUGACGACCUUGAAAAUCGUUCGAGUUGUGCAACGGAAUCGGUAUUCGUGCGGCUGGUUCCUACUAAGAAUAGUAUCGCUUACGGCCCAGCCCGGAAUUUUAAUUCCCCUUGAAAUGUUCGUGAAGAAUCUGCUAUAAACGAUUUGAUAUGACUGGAAGGAUUCGCUGUCAGCAAGAGUGGGCAAAGGGUUUUUUAAGCCUCGCCGCAAUAACUUUUGCGCUGGAGGAAGGCUUACGACAACCUUUCCCACCUCCGGGACGAAAUAACAGCGAAUGGUGACCACGACGAACCAGUGCCACUAGUAGCCACUAUUCCGGUCCAGAGGAGGAGGAAUGUCUGGUGUUGGGACGUGGAGGACGCCACUUUCUGGAGGAACAAUGCUCUGGCUCGUUGGCGUCUGACGAAAACAAUGGCUCCGAUAUCACACUCCGCAGAUAAUGAUGAGGCGUCACUUGAAGCCUCUAUCCUAUAUCAAGUCGAUGUUAGCCAGUCACUAACAUAAACAAACUUGACAUUGAGUGACAAUGACGGCCCUCACUCUACCCGCCACUUCUUUAAACACACGCAAGGCUAAAAGCUUUGUAUUCGGAGGACAUAUCGGUCCCCAAAGCAAAAAAUCACUAGAAAAGCAUGUACGACAGAUCUUGGAUGGUCCCAAUGCAAAAUGGAUGCUGGAUACCCUGACAGACAUGCCACGGUACUGGGAAGCCGUCAUAGAAAAGAUCCCGGAAAUGGCUGGAACAGUGGACGGUGCCCGUCUCCUAGCCGAUCUUGAGUCAUGGCUCCGACAUGGAACAGCCGCCGACGACUCUUUAGCCUCAGACGCCGAGAUACCAGAUAUCUGGAUCGGCUUUAUGAUGAUCGCUAUUCAGCUUGAUCAGUACUGGCGGUAUCUUGAGUUCCGAUUCAACGACCCGGCCAAAGGUAUAAAUGACCUCCAGGCAGAGUUAGUGCAGCAGCAUCAGUCUGCCGGAAGCGACAAGGUCGAGACAGUCGGUUUCUGUGCUGGCAUGAUCGCCGCUGUAGCUGUUGCGAGCUCCCACAACCGACAGGACUUUGAAAAGUAUGGUGCUGCGGCACUGCGCAUCGGGGUCAUGAUGGCGGCCCUAGUAGGUGCCUGUGAAGCGUGGAGUAAAGGUCUCGGCAAAGGAAGAUCCGUAUCGAUGGCUACAGCGUGGAGGAACCCCAAGCAGGGCCAAGAUAUGGCGCGCAUCGUCGCGGCUAUGCCUGAUGCCUACGUCUCCGUGCUCUUUGACGAGUCUCGGGCCACCGUGACGUCAUCGGAGCGCCUCGCAUCAAGGCUAAUCAGACAGCUUCGGGCAGCAGGUAUCACAACGAUACCGCUCGCCUUCAAAGGCCAGCUCCACACGCCCGGUGCGGAGCGGGAACGUCAUACAGAAGCUCUAAUUGAAAUAUGUCACGCGAUGCCCGAGCUACAGUUUCCGGAUGCUUCCGGUUUGGCAUUACCAACUUACCUCGACCACCCCGAGGGGAAGCCAGUCUCGGCUGAAGAAAUCGACUUGAUUAGCGUAGUGUUGCGCUCUAUCCUGGCGAAUCAGCUAAGCUGGUCCAGUACCGUCUCGAAGCUUGUGGCUAACGGGGAGGACGUCUCACUCAUUGCCUUUGGACUCGAUCGCCCCGUGCCGACCAGUGCCAUGGCCCGCUUUGGUCCGAAGCAGGUACAUUUCGAGGACCUUGAAGACCACAUAAACAAGUCUUUAGAAUCCUCACGUAAACCCCAUCUAAGUAACGACACUGGUGACCACUCGGAAACUCUCGUACAAGAUCAGUCUGCAGAGACGAGCAGGCUCAGUGCCAAGCCGGAACAAGAUCCAGAGCAAGUGAUUGCGAUAGUGGGCAUGUCCGUGAAGACGGCGGGUGCCGAUGACCUGGAAUCAUUCGGGGAGAUGCUCAAGACCGGGGAGUCGCAACACGAGGUGAUCACCCAUGAACGGAUGGUUCACGACAUGCUGUACCGCGACGACGCUGAUGCCGACCCUAAGAGGAAGUGGUAUGGCAACUUUAUGCGCGACCCAGACGCUUUCGAUCACAAGUUCUUCAAGCGCAGUCCACGUGAAUCGAUGGCUAUAGACCCGCAAGGGCGUCUCUCGCUUCAGGGGGCGUAUCAGGCAGUCGAACAAUCUGGAUAUUUCAACGAAUUAGCAACUACUAGUGUGUCUGAGCACAAGCGACGAAAGCAUGUAGGUGUUUACGUCGGUCUCUGCUCUUUCGAGUACGAGAUCAACAUCGGCUGCCACCCGACAAGUGCGUUCACGGCAACCGGAGGCCUAAGAAGUUUCAUUCCCGGUCGACUAUCGCAUUACUUUGGUUGGACCGGGCCGGCAAUGACGGUCGAUACAGCAUGUUCGUCGUCAACUGUGGCCCUCCACACUGCCUGCAAGGAUCUGCUAUCGGGCGAAGUCCCGGCCGCGCUCUGUGGUGGCGUCAACGUCUUGACAAACUUGCAAUGGACGCAAAACCUCGCCGCCGGUAGCUUCAUUAGCCCGACGGGCCAGUGCAAACCUUUCGAUACCGACGCCGAUGGUUACUGCCGCGGUGACGGUAUCGCAUAUGUGUUCUUGAAGAAGCUAUCUACCGCCAUAGCCGACGGCAACAUGGUCCUAGGUACGAUACGCGCUACGGGUGUCAACCAGAACCACAACUCAACGCCACUGUUUGUUCCUAACGUCCCUUCGCUAUCGACAUUAUUCCAAGAUGUAAUUCGGAAAGCACAAGUAGAGCCGCGUGACAUUUCGCUGGUCGAGUGCCACGGCACUGGCACACCUGUCGGAGAUCCUGCCGAAUAUGAAAGCAUCCGUAUGGCUGUAGCCGGUCCCUUGCGCGACACCGUCGUUCCUGUUGGCUCGGUCAAGGGUAACGUUGGUCAUACCGAAGGUGCAUCUGGCAUCGUUUCGUUGAUCAAGGUCCUCACGAUGAUGAGAGAGGGUUUCAUCCCUGCCCAGGCCAGCUUCAAGAAAAUGAAUCCUCAUAUUCACGCACAGCCAUCAGACAUGAUGGAGGUGGUCACAUCGUUGCGACCCUGGAGAGAGAACAGGAAAAUAGCUCUCAUCAACAACUACGGCGCCUGCGGAAACAACUCUAGCGUGGUGGUUUCCCACACAGCUCACAAGCCUACCCGGACCAUUGCGGCCGGGUCAGCGACGCCACGAUUCCCCUUCUGGAUCUCAGGCUUCGACGCUCGUAGUAUUGCGGCUUACAGCACCGUAUUAGCGCCCUACCUACAAUCGCACACUGGGUCCGAAGAUGGGCAAGCAACACUCGCGGAUGUGUCCUUCAACAUGAAGCGACAGUCAAAUCCCAACUUGCCUCAAGGGCUGAUCUUCAGUUGUUCUUCAUUGGCCGAUCUACAGGAGAAGCUUUCUCAGGCAGCCUCAGCCACCACGAGCACGGCUGCUAGCGUCGGUAUUUCCCCAGUAAAGUCCGAGCGACCUGUCAUAUUGUGCUUCGGAGGUCAAGUGUCGACUUUUGUCGGGCUCGACCGUGCGUUGUACGAAGGCGUUGGCGUUUUGCGCCAUCAUCUGGAUCAGUGCAACAUCGCCAUCACGUCCCAAGGUCUGGAAAGUAUCUACCCCGAUAUCUUCUCAUCCGAACCUAUACAAGAUGUGGUCAAGCUCCAGACUGCCCUUUUCGCUAUGCAGUAUGCUUCCGCUAAGAGCUGGAUAGAUUGUGGGCUUGUCGACAAGGUAGUUUCUGUCGUAGGCCACAGCUUUGGUGAGAUUACGGCGCUCUGCAUAGCGGGCGUUUUGAGCCUAGAAGACACGAUUAAAUUAAUCGCUGGUCGGGCUAAGCUAGUUCGAGAUGCCUGGGGAUCUGAUCCGGGCGCCAUGAUGGCUGUGGAGGCUGAUGAGGCGCUUGUGCAUGAUAUGCUAAAGGAGUCGAAUCUCGGAUCCGACGGCUCGGCCGGUAUCGCCUGCUACAAUGGCCGCCGUAGUUUCACUGUUGCUGGAUCCACGAAAGCCAUCGACGCUUUUGCCAAAACGCUAUCUGAGAAGAGCAAGAUAAUUGAGGGGAUCAAGGGUAAGCGUCUUAAUGUCACCAACGCCUUCCACUCCACAUUGGUAGAGGGCCUUGUGGACCGCCUGGGAGCGCUCGGUAAAGAAUUGACCUUCAACGAUCCCGUUAUCCCGAUAGAACGUGCCACCGAACAUGGCGAUCCAUCGGCCAAACUGGACUGGAGCUUUGUCGGCUCCCAUAUGCGCCAGCCGGUCUUCUUCGACCAUGCCGUACAGAGGCUCAUUGAGAAGCACCCGCAAGCCAUCUUCCUCGAGGCGGGUUCCAACUCGACCAUUACCGUCAUGGCAUCACGCGCACAUGCCCAAGCUGCCCUCAAGACUUCCGAUACGCUCCAUUUCCAAUCUGUUUCCAUUACGAACACCAAGAAGAGUUUCGACGGACUCACGGAUGCGAUUGUGGCCCUCUGGAAACAGGGCCUGCGCGUGUCUUUCUGGGCACACCACCGACUCCAGACAAAUGACUACACACAACUUCUCCUACCGCCAUAUCAGUUCGAGAAGUCGCGUCAUUGGCUUGACCUCAAGUCACCCAAGGAGGAGGUCAUCAAGGCGGCCCAAAAGAUGAUCGCUGAUGGAGGUAAUGGGUUACUGUUGGCAGGAGGAGCGUCGCAACCGGGGCCUCAAGAAUACGAUGAUCCCAGAACUCUACCUCUAUGGACUUUCGUCGGCUUCCAAGAAGAUGCAGCCAACAAAGGCAAGAAGCAGGCGAAGUUGGCGCGGUUCCGUAUCAAUACAGCCUCGGACAAGUACCAACGUCUGUUCUCAACCCACGUCAUCGCUCAGACGGCGCCCAUGUGUCCUGCCACUCUAGAGAUCGAUAUGGCUAUCGAAACUGCUUUCAGUCUUCACCCAGACUUCAAAUCGAGCGGGUAUUCGGCAGUGGUGCGAGAUAUGAUCAGUCAUUCACCCAUAUGCGCCGACUCGACGCGCACCCGCUUUAUAGACCUAAAGCCUCUCAACAACACCGAAACGGAGUUUUACUUCACCAUACACAGCGUAGGAGAUUCCGUUACUUCGCCCGCUACCGAAAAGCACGCCGAGGGACGCGUCCACCUAUGCUCGCCUACCGAGCCGUCCUUCGUCCAGGAGUUCGGCCGUUACGAGCGCGCGGUCAGCCAUACGCAGUGCCAGGCCAUCCUACAGCUAGGUCCGAAUGACGAGGGUGUGGAGGCGCUCCAGGGCCGCAACGUGUACCGGGCCUUCGAGCCCGUUGUGAUCUUUGGCGAGGUAUACCAGGGCGUGCGGUCCGUUGUGGGUCGUGACGGCGAGAGCGCUGGAGUCGUACAUAAGCGUCACAGUGGCGAUACCUGGCUCGACGUUCCCAAGGCCGACUCGUUCGGCCAGGUCGCGGGCAUGUACGUGAACUUGCUGACGGACCUCCCGGCGAGCGACAUGUACGUCGCCACCGGCCUCGAGCUGACGAUGCGCUCGCCCAAGGCCAAGACGGUGACGGACGGUCGCGAAAACGGUCCCGGUGUCUGGCACGUGCUUGCCCGCCACGCGCGCGAGUCUGACAAGGCCUACGUGACGGACGUCUACAUCUUCGACGCCGCGACCGGGGCGCUAGAAGAGAUCAUCAUGGGCCUCAAAUAUGUUCGCGUCGCUAAGGCAACAAUGGGCAGGAUAUUGGCGAGGGUGACGGCGGAUAAGAACGUUUUGAGGAGCACCGCGCCAUCUGCCCCGUCAUCUGCACCUCCUGUUACCACUCUGACCCCGUCUAUCGAGGCCAGGAGUCCCCGCCCAGAGGCAAAGGUACAACGGGCCAGUAGCAGAAAGCCAAAGGCUACCGGCAGACACGAUCUCACAGAAGAAGUGCGCAAUGUAGUCGCCAACGUUUCCGGUAUCGAGGCUGGCGACAUGACGCUCGAUAGCGAGAUGGCUGACCUGGGUAUCGACUCAUUGAUGGGCAUGGAGCUGGCACGCGAGGUCGAGAAUACCUUCAAAUGCACCCUUGAUCAGGCCGAGCAGAUGGAAGCCACGAAUCUCCGCCAGUUCAUUGCCUGCGUGGCGAAUGCUUUGGCUAGAGCCGGAGAGGGGCCCGGUGUGGAACAUGAGGAAUAUGAUGAUAUUAGCGAUAGUGAGAGCGACGAUGAUUCAGCCAUCACGGGAGAGGGUGACAGCACGGGCCGGUUCUACGAUUCUGCCUCUGAUAUCUCUACCCCAGAUGACGUGUCGGACUUCACCGCCGCCAAGAGGUUAGUCCCUAGCCCCCCGUCGGCUCCGGCCUCGACAACUGACGCAUCUGCCGCAGAGGCGAAAGUGCUUAAUAAGGGUGAUGUCGCGGCGCGUGAGGCGGAGGCGGAGCGCCUGGUGGCUGCCUACACUAUAGGAUGGGAGUCGGCUCUACUUGAAGCUGCGACAGACUGUACUACUGCUACUCGCACAGAUAGGGGAGCCGCAGUGGUUGUUACAGGUGCAUCGGGCAGUCUUGGUUCACAUCUUGUCCAAACCCUUGCUGAACGGUCGGAUGUUGACACUGUCGUAUGCAUUAACCGUCCCGUCAGCAAUGUGUCCGCCCACAAGCGACAGGAAGAUGCGCUGUUGUCUAGAGGCAUCAAACUGUCUCCCGCUGCGCUCGCGAAGCUGCGGGUAUACGACACCGACACCUCCAAGCCUCAGCUCGGUCUUCCAGCCGAGGAAUACGCUUGGGUAGCAGAACAUGGCACACAUAUCAUCCACAACGCGUGGCCGAUGAGCGGUACACGGCCUCUCAAGGCCUACGAGCCUCAAAUUAGGGUGAUGCGGAACCUACUAGACCUAGCGCGCGAUGUGGCGACAAAGAACACUACCCAACGCAAAAUCGGUUUCCAGCUCGUCUCCUCCAUCGGCGUGGUCGGUUUCUCAGACGGACCCCACGUGCUCGAACAGUCCGUGCCUAUUUCCUCAGUCAUGCCCAGCGGCUACAACGAGGGCAAGUGGGUGUGCGAACGCAUGCUCACCGAGACACUCCGCCGCCACCCGAGCCUCUUCCAAGCCUCGGUGUGCCGGCCCGGCCAGAUCUCCGGGUCGACCACCAGCGGCGUCUGGAACCCUGUCGAGCACUUCCCCUUCCUAGUGAAAAGCGCACAGGCACUCAAGGCGUGGCCCGAUCUCCAGGGAGAUCUACACUGGCUCCCCGUAGACCGAAGCGCGGGCACCAUGGUCGACUUGCUAAGAAUCGACGAUCUUGAAGGAGAAACGGAGGCUUGUCCGGUGUACCACAUCGACAACCCCAUCGGCCAGCCAUGGAAACAUAUGUCGACGGUCCUGGCCUCUGCCCUUGAUAUACCCUCUCACGGCAUCAUUCCUUUCCGAGAGUGGGUCGAACGAGUCCGCCGCUCGUCUCUUUCCGAGAAGGAGAACCCGGCUGCGAGAGUUAUUGGGUUUCUUGAGGGGCAUUUUGAAAGGAUGGCUUGUGGUGGGAUUAUACUUGAUACGAGAAGGGCGGAGGAGCAUUCGGGGGUUAUGAAGGCGCAGGGACGGGUGUCGGAUGAGGUUGUUAGGGGGUAUGUGAGGGCUUGGAAGGAGUCUAGGUUUUUGGAUUAGGGUACUGUAGACUUAGUUUUUCUUUGUUUGUAACUUUUGUUUGGGCUUUGGCUUUGGUUUGGAUGAGAGGGGUGGAUGGAUGGAUCGGUUGGUGUAGUAUUAUUGGGAGUUGGGUAUUAGAUGGGUUUGCGCAAGGUAUAAAUUUAAAAUGGUAUCUUUGUGAGAAUUA